AUGCCGAUGCCAGAGCAGUCGGAAGAGCAGCCGACUGAAUCUGCCCAGCCGAAGCCGAAGAAGCGGAAGAGAAGCCGACAUGAAGAGAGCGGCCAGAGAAGGUGCACAAAUGCCUAUUGUCACAUUGAGGAACCUCCUGUUCGAGCUGUGGGUCCAACGAUCCAGAACGAGCAUGUAUCCAGUCUGGAGAAUCGAAUCCGCCACCUUGAGCAGGAGCUUCUAAGAACUAGAUCUGGUGACCAUGGUUUGAUCGAGCACCCGCCAAAUAAUGCCUCGCAAGAACGCAAUACAUCGACUGCGUCGUUCAACACCACCAACCACUUCUCAGAGCGAGAGCUUGCGACCAACCAACAUGUUUCUCGGGAAAGAAUGAGAUCACCGCCAAGUGCCAUCUCGAUCAUUGUCAACGUACAGCACUCCCAGUCGCACAAAUUCCCCGUUCUUGAGCCUGAAGUGGGGACUUCUUCGCCUAUAUUGAUCUACGGAGCUCAUGCACCGACGCUCUCCCUCAUACAUCCGCCUGAGGAAGGACUGGCUGAGAGAAUAGUCGAGACAGCAUACUCUUACGUUCAAGCUCGAUAUUGCAUUAUCGACUGGGUACAGCUUCGCGAAUGGCACCGGCAACGCGACUCUUACCUAAACUCUACUCAAGAGAGCGAUGUUCAGUCGCAGACUGCCGCCUUUUUCAUCUGGAUGAUCUAUGCAAUUGGUGCCCGAUUUGUCCCUGAGCUGGGCCAAGAGAGCUCCGAAGCGUACUUCGCCAGAGCAAGCAAAUACCUUCCGAUCGUGAUUGGACUACAAGACAUAUUCACAGUGCAAGCACUGCUGUGCAUGAUACAGUACUGCUUCCGAGCACCCAAGGGACCUUCACUCUGGGACCUGACUAGAACGGUGAUGAAUCUCUGCAUUAAAUUACGAUAUCAUCGUUCCUUGAGGAACAUGAAGAGCAUGGAAAAGCUCGAUCCGCUAGCGAUCGAACUUCGCAAAAGAUUCUGGUGGUGUGCAUAUUGCUUCGAUCGAUGUGUCUCCAUGCUCUCCAAGCUUCCGUUCAGCAUUAGAGAUACAGACAUAGAUGUAGAAGAGCCCGUCAACAUUGAUGAUGCAUGCACGGAUCACGUUCUGAUACAAGACAUGCAACAACGGCAGGCGAACGGCGGUUCAGCAGCAGCUACUAGUGUGACGACGAUGAGUUCGGCCCUGCAGCAUUUAAAGAUCUAUCGCAUUCGCUCCGCUAUAACCUCAAGAUUCAUGGGACCCUCAGCCGAAGUUCCGUCAUACAGCGAUGUGCAAACAUUUCUUGCUGAGUUAAAUGAGUGGAAAGAUCAGUUUCCGAAGAGAGGGGAAUCACCGUGGUCCCCACAACAGCCUCCAGAUCGCGUUCAAGCUACUUAUCUGCAAGCCGUACUUGUUCUCAUCCGGCCUGUCUUGCUGCAAGCAGACCUCGAUCCGCCCCUUCUAUCUCUUUGUGCAAGCUUUGCUGCUGAAGCAUGCGAGAGCGGACGCACUUUGAGCCUCGACAGCCAGACAUUCCCGGAUCGUAUCACGGUGUUUCAUUGUUUUUUCUGCGGUGUCACGCUCCUUCAGUGUUUGGCUGUUGAUCCGAAGGCGCUUCCUAGAAGACGUACUCAUCAGGCAAUCAGUUCUUGCCUGAGUUCAUUGACGGUAUACAGCCGAGCACUGCCAGCAGUCACGCCUUUCUUGCACCUCUAUGACGAACUCGCGAACUGUUUCUUUGGAAACGAGGACGAUGAAACUCCUCCAGGGCCCAAUCCUGAUUUGAGGAAAUUGCUGAAGCAGGUUGUUCUGAGUGAUCCAUCCGAGACUCCUGAACUUCUACGCUCUCUGCGACCAUGUACCACAGAAAGGACUGAAGCUGCCGAGGGACAAAUACAAGACGAAAGCCGCACACUUUCUCGGGCAGGUGGCAGUGGACAGAGCCUUCCAGCCAAUACAUUGCCGCACACGCCACAAGAAGAAGUCGGCUUCUUGGAAGGCAAUCCGCAUCAGUUCGGCAUGUUUGAUCUGGACCUUCCUGACCUUGAUAAUUUGCUGUACGAUAUUACCAAUCCAGACGUGAGCAGUCUCUGGAGCAGCACCUGGCCUGACAGUUGGUCUGUAAUGUAG